CAUUCAGUCAACAUGUUCCGCCUCGCCCUCGCUCUCGCUCUCGCCCUCUUCUGCUGCAUCGCCCUCGCGAGCGCCGAUCGCGGAUUUGGAGGUGGAUUUGGGGGACACGGAGGUGGAUUUGGACACGGAGGUGGAUUUGGACAUGGGGGUGGUUUUGGUCAUGGUGGAUUUGGUCACGGUGGAUUUGGACACGGUGGAUUCGGACACGGCGGAUUUGGACACGGUGGAUUCGGACACGGCGGAUUUGGAGGACUAGGAUUUGGAGGAUUCCAUCAUCGCCGAUAAACGAAGACUUGUAUACAGCGGUGCCUUGGACCGCAACUCAGGUUGCCUGCGUGCAAUCUUUUAUUUAUGAAAAAACUCAUCCAAACGAAACACCAAAAAAAUUCGUCCUCGCUAAUUUAAAAUGAAAAUAAACUUAUUUUUCUGAAA